AUGGCUUGGCAGAGACUGCUGCUCCUGGCCGCGGCCGUUGCUCUCACCGUCACCGCCGGCGGCGCCGCGUUCCAGUUCGAAGAGGCCACCCUCGAGAGCAUCCAGGACGGCUUCAAGAAAGGCAGCCUGACGUCGACGGCGCUGGUCCGCUACUACCUGGACCAGAUCGCGCGGCUGAACCCGAAGCUCCACGCCGUCAUCGAGGUGAACCCCGACGCGCUCCGCGACGCGGCCCACGCCGACGCCGAGCGGGCGUCCGGCGCCUACCGCCAAGCGUCGUCGUCCGGCUGCGGGCUCCUCCACGGCGUCCCCGUGAUGGUGAAGGACCUCAUCACGACGCGCGACCGGCUGAACACAACGGCCGGGUCGUUCGCGCUGCUCGGCUCCGUGGCCAGGCGCGACGCCGGCGUGGUGGCCAGGCUGCGGCGCGCCGGCGCCAUCGUGCUCGGCAAGUCCAACCUCCCCGAGUGGGGCAACAUGCGCAGCGCCAGGGGCCUCCACGGCUGGAGCGCGCGAGGCGGACAAGCCAUGAACCCUUACGUGCUGGAAAUGGAUCCAUGCGAAGCAAGCACCGGUUCAGCCAUCGCCGCGGCGGCCAACAUGGCAGCCGUGACACUCGGGACCGAAACCAUAGCUUCCAUACUCUGCCCGGCGUCCGUGAAUGCAGUGGUCGGGAUCAAGCCAACAGUUGGCUUGACCAGUCGCUCCGGCGUCAUCCCCUUCACGCUUAGGCAGGACACUGUCGGACCAUUGUGUCGCACCGUAGCGGACGCUGUCCACGUGCUGGAUGCUAUUGUCGGUUACGAUGCCCUUGACGCUGAAGCCACAAUGGCAGCGUCCCAGUACAUCCCUAAAGGCGGGUACAAGCAGUUUCUGAAGAUCGACGGCUUAAGUGGCAAGAGGAUUGGUAUCCCAAAUGGCUUCUUUCACUUCGAAACAAAGACAGUGAUGACCACAGUGUACAAGCAGCAUAUCGAAACAAUGAGGCGACUUGGAGCAAUCGUGAUCGAGAACCUGGACAUAGAGAAUCUGAGCGAGUCACGGGACAUCACCAAGAGUGGAUUCCUGGUUGCCGCGCCAGCAGAGUUCAAGAUCAACCUGAACAACUACCUCUCUGACUUAUCCUACACUCCAGUCGGCUCCCUAGCUGAAAUCAUAGCUUUCAACGCCAUCCAUCCUUUCGAGGAGAAGCUGGUAGAGUACGAUCAGCAGCUCCUGCUCUUAUCUGAAACCACCACGGGCAUCGGCCCCCUGGAGAGAGCUGCGAUACAUCGGAUGGAGGAGUUGUCGGCAAACGGGGUGGAGAAGCUGAUGAAGGAACACCAGCUCGACGCGAUUUUUACACCUGAUUCGAGAGUCGCCACCGUCCUUGCCUACAAUGGCCUCCCCGGAAUCGAAGUGCCAGCUGGGUACGACGAGAAGGGCGUCCCCUUUGGCGUCACCUUCGGUGGGCUCAGGGGCUAUGAGCCCAGGCUCAUCGAGAUGGCCUAUGCGUUUGAGCAGGCUACCAAGGUCCGAAGGCCUCCCACCAUAUGA